AUGGCAGGCACAAUUAACAAACCAAAGAAACCCAAGUCCAAGAGGGGCACGACCCGUCUGCGAAACAAGAUUGAAAAGGCCUCCGCAGCCAAGCAGAAGAAGCAGCGCAAGCUCGCCAAGAAGAACCCAGAAUGGCGGUCCAAGUUAAAAAAAGACCCUGGCAUCCCCAACUUGUUUCCAUACAAGGAGAAGCUUCUGCAGGAAAUCGAGGAGAAGCGCCUGAGAAAGGCUGCCGAGGCCGAGAAGAAAAGAGAAAUGGCAAAGGCUGCCAAGACUGGUGCUGCACAGCAGGAAGACGAGGAGGCCAUGGACGACGCUGACCAUGUUGAGGGCUCUGUUGCGGACGUGGAAGAUGAGUCAAUGGACGAGCAUGUAGAUGAGUCGAAUCCCAUGGCUGCUUUGCUCGCCAGCGCGAAGGCUGCGGCGGCGCAGUAUGAUAAAGAGUUGGCAGACAGCGAUGGCAUGGACCACGAUGACGAAAGCGAUGACGAAAGCGAUGACUCUGGUGAUUGCGGUUCGAAUCAAGCCUCGGUCGGCCAGGCCUCGUCGCGCAAGACGUACGACAAGGUUUUCAAGCAGGUCAUUGAGCAGGCUGAUGUAGUCUUGUACGUGUUGGAUGCACGAGAUCCCGAGGGCACUCGAUCGCGAGAGGUUGAACGCAGCAUCAUGGCCGCUGCCGCUGAUGGCAAGCGCCUCAUUCUGGUUCUCAACAAGAUCGAUUUGAUCCCCCCCCAGGUCCUGCGAGACUGGCUCGCGUAUCUCCGACGAUACUUCCCGACUCUUCCCCUUCGUGCCUCUGGCGCCGCUCCCAACGCCCACAUCUUUAACCACCACGACCUGACGGUUCAAAGCACAUCCGCGACACUCUUCAAAGCACUCAAAAGCUACGCCGCGAGCCAGCAACUCAAGCGCGCCGUGUCCGUCGGAGUCAUCGGCUACCCCAACGUCGGCAAGUCGUCCGUCAUCAACGCCCUCCUCAGCAGAAUGAGCGGAAAGGGCGGUGGUUGUCGCAAGGCCUGCCCAGCAGGCGCCGAAGCCGGCGUCACCACCAGCAUCCGCACCGUUAAGAUCGACAGCAAGCUGACGCUGCUCGACUCCCCCGGCGUCGUGUUCCCGUCCUCGUCCUCCGUCCAGUCUGGCGGCCUCGUCAGCCUCAAAGGCGCAGCCGAAGCACACGCCCAUCUCAUCCUCCUCAACGCCGUCCCCCCAAAGCAGAUUGACGACCCCGUUCCCGCGGUCAGCCUGCUCAUCCGUCGUCUCUCGUCCUCGCCGGACCUGAUGCAGAAAAUGACCAGUGUGUAUGACAUUCCGGCUCUGUUGCCGGACAGGCUCGACGGCGAUGUCACGACCGACUUCUUGGUGCAGGUUGCUCGGAAGCGAGGUCGGUUGGGCAGGGGCGGCGUUCCCAACAUCAAUGCCGCCGCCAUGGCGGUUCUGACGGACUGGCGGGAUGGCCGCAUUCAGGGCUGGGUUGACCCGCCUGCUUUGGCUGUCGGGUCGGCUGAUGGCUCUGCUGGGACUGCGAAGAGGGUCAAGAAUGCGGGAGAAGACGAAGUCACGCCUGAUCAGAAGGAGAUUGUCACAGAGUGGGCUGCCGAGUUCAAGUUGGAUGGCCUAUGGGGUGAUGAAGGUGCUGCGGCCACGGAGGAUGCUAUGGAAGAGUAG